GGGGUCAGUCGCUGCUAGGCAACGACGCGCACCGCUUCACUUCGCACAGUCGCCUCCACUGCUUUGGCCCCCCAUAAGGUGACGACGCCACACUAUGUCCCUGGACUGGUGCACUACGGGCGCCCUGGUGGUUCUGGCGGCGUGGCUGCUCUGGAAGUACCUGUCGUGGAACUACAACUACUGGCAGACUCUGGGAGUCCCCUGCCCGGUGCCUUCCGUGCCCUUUGGGAACAUGAAAGACGCCAUACUAGGCAAGAAACAUGUUUCAGAGGCCGUCAGAGACAUCUAUUGCCAGAUGGAAGGAGUGCCGUUCUGCGGCUUGUACCGCUUCCGGGAGCCGAUGCUGCUGGUGAGGGAUGCCGACCUGGUGAGAACGAUGCUCGUCAGGGACUUCCCAUCCUUCCACGACAACAACGUGCAGACCAACGAAGACGUCGACCCCAUAUUCGCCAGGAACCCGUUCGUGCUUAAGGGCGAGAAAUGGAGAAAACUGAGGUCACAGUUAAGCCCGUCCUUCACAGCGAGCCGCCUGAAGCCGAUGUUCAUCUUGAUGAAGGAAGUGUGUGACGAGCUAGUGCGGACCCUGCAGAAGGAGGCGACCAGUGCUGGCAAAGAUGGUAUGGAGGCAAGAGAAGUGUGCUUGCGAUAUAUGACGGACGUGGUGGCCUCCUGUGCGCUGGGAAUCAAAGGAGACGCCCUGGAGGACCCAAAGGCGCAAAUGCUGCAGCUGUUCCGCAAGCUUUUCCAGCCGGGCUUCGUGACCUUCCUCAAGUUCUUGUUCAUCACAACAUUCCCGUCCUUGGCCAUUAUGCUACGCCUCAGGCUGAUGCCCGAGGACCUCGAAAAGUUCCUGCAAACAGUGGUGACCCAGACGGUGGCCCGCCGCCAGCACGAGGGGGUCUACCGCAACGACUAUCUGCAGAUGCUGGUGGAGCUCAAGACCAAGGGAUACCUGGACGGCGCGGGGCAGGUGCUCGCUGACAGGAGAUUCUUCACGGACGUGGACAUAGCGGCGCAGGUGAUGACGUUCAUGACUGACGGCAUCCACACGAGCGCCACGGCGAUGUCGUUCACGCUGUACCAGCUGGCGCUCAACCCGGACAUCCAGCAACGUCUGCGCCAGGAGCUGCGCGAGGCGGUGGACAAGCACGGCGGCCAGCUGGGGUACGACGCCAUCAACGACUGCACCUACCUCGACAUGGUGGUCUCAGAGACGCUGCGGGUGCACCCUCCGGGCGGCACGCUGGAGAAGACGUGCACGGCCGCCUACCCGCUGACGACGGCCGGCCGCCCCUUCACGCUGCACACCGGCUCCCUGCUGGUCGUCUCCAUCCUCGGCCUCCACCUGGACCCGCGAUACUUCCCGGACCCGCAACGCUUCGACCCCGAGCGCUUCAGUCCGGACAACAAGGACCGCACCGCGCUCAAGGCUUACAUGCCGUUCGGUCUCGGGCCGCGGUCCUGCAUAGGUCAGAGAUUCGCGCUGUCUCAGGUGAAAAUGGGUGUCGCCGCUGUUGUUUUGAACCUCGAUGUGUCGCGAACUCCACGCACGUCCGACCCCAUCGAGAUGGACCCGAAGUUCAUACUCAACAAUUCCAAGGACGGACUCUGGCUCUCCUUCAAGCCCCUCGCCUGAUAAAGGACAAAAAACUGAAGGAAGAAAAGUAAAAGAAAGGUCUUUUUAGAUACCUAAGUGCUGGCUAGGCUUGCGAUGAACGGCACUACUGAAUUUCUUGUGGUUAAAGUUCCAAUAGUACUUUAUUGUAUACAAGAAUGUUGUAGCACUUGCUCAAAUUUUAUAAAUUCAAAGCAAGAGUAUGCCUGCAGGCGCUUACAAUAUUUCUAAGCUCUGCUGUUUUAUUUGUUCAUUCGAAAGUGUGGGAAUUCAUUAAUUGUUUACUACAGGGCACCCGACAAGUUUGACACUAGAGCUGAAGGCAUAGCAACACCCAAAAUAACAUACAAACUGAAUAAAAAAAUCUUCCCUGAUGAAGUUUUUCUCUGUUCGGCAAAGUAAUAAAUUUCUGUUAUUUGCAUGCGUAACUAUAGUUAAUCGAAUGAAUUAAUUACGAAGAUUUGUAAAUAUACUUAAGACAAUACCAGCUGCGUGCAAUUUUGGAAUGCAACAAUGUAGUUUCAAAAAUAUUCUUAUAACAGAACAGUAGUCUUAAGAAAACUUUCUUUCAUUAGCAAUUUACAUAACAGAAUUGUUUCGCUAUGUAAAACAGUACGAAAAGUAAUCAGAUAUUAAAUGUUCAGUUUUCUGUUUCGAAAAUUUAAUAAUACAUAUAUAAUGUAAAACUAAGUCUAUAGUCCUCCUGAAAUACACUUAAAAACACUGCUUGCACCCGUUCCAAUAAUUUCCUUAGAGGUAGUACGUAAGUGCCUUGUGUCGCUACUAAAUGUCUCGUUUUCCAACUAAUCAAGUGUUGUGUGUCUGUUACAUCAUCUAUCUGACCACCUUGUUUAAAACUGAAAUUGUCGAAAAUAGGUGUGCUAGCGAGAAGAUUCAUCGUCUUUGUUGAUGUAUAUCUAACAGCGGGCUCGACAUACUUCAACAAAUACCUUUUAUAGCUUCGUAUCUGAAAUUUAAAAAAAAUGGCUCUGAGCACUAUGGGACUCAACUGCUAUGGUCAUUAGUCCCCUAGAACUUAGAACUACUUAAACCUAACUAACCUAAGGACAUCACACACAUCCAUGCCCGAGGCAGGAUUCGAACCUGCGACCGUAGCAGUCGCACGGUUUCGGACUGCGCGCCUAGAACCGCGAGACCACAGCGGACUGCAUUUGAAAUUUAUUGUGUUAUGUUUCACAGAAUCUCGUGACAUCUGUUUUAAAGAGUGUAUUACACAAUUAUAAUCCAAUGUAAUAUGGGAAGGAUCAACGACAAACCAUAAUUACAAACAGAUAAAUGAACUAGUAGAGCAAGGGAUAGGCGAGAGAGUAUUUCAUCAUGAACACUCAUAAUGAAAUUAUAAUUUUCUAUCAGAAAAUUAUUUCAGUUUACUAUAACUCUUGCACUAUGAAAUGUAAAAACAUUCGUUACCUCACGAGUAACUUCUGUGAACCAUUAGUUAUAAUGAACACCUGACAUGAACGAAGGAAGUUUCUUGUUUACCGUAGCAUAAUUAAGAGAUCAUUAGAUGUGAAACAAGCUCAAUUAUUGAAAGAUGGCAGAAAGAAAUGACCGUUUCCUUAUUGUGAGAACUCUACCUAUAUUUACAUGAAAUAAAAAUUCCUGUCACAUUGCUUGGAAGGUUGUAUGGUCAGGUAUUUUUUAUCUAUGACCAAACAAGGGAAAUAUUUUUUGCACCUUUAAUCGGCCAUUUUUAAAACUGAAUUCAGUAUCAAUGACUGAGAGUAAAAAUAUUUUUUAAGCUACUAUUGUAAUUAUUGAUAUUGUUUUGCUUCUGUGUUACCAAUAUAUAACGAAUUUCAUUGCAUAAUAUUAAAUGUACUAUCCAGAUAAAUCUGUUCAAGCGGCUUUCAUAACAUGAUUGUGCUCGAGGAUCUCGUAUUCUUCUAACAAUAUUAUGUUAUGAAAAGGUAUUUCUAAAAUAAGAGCUGUCCCAUAAUACUUUAUAAUACUAUUCGAUGACUCAUCAGCAGAUAUAAAUAUGAAAAACAUGUUAAGGUGCUGAUUUAUGUAACUUCAGGUCUUCCAAUAACACCAAUUGCUCGGACUGUUGAUUUCAGUUCCGUAAGUUAAUCUAUAAUGCGCACUCCCUGUUGAAAUCCUGCCCUUUUUACAAACGUUUGAGUGUGUAUCACCUUUACUUUUGUGUUUAAUCUAUUACGGGCGUAUUUUUUAUUUCGAAGCAGAGAAGUACACAUUUUUUUAAGAAAAAAAAGUAGUUAGUUUAAACACAUCAUCUACCAAAAAUGGUUCAAAUGGCUCUGAGCACUAUGGGACUUAACUUCUGAGGUCAUCAAUCCCCUACAACUUAGAACUACUUACACCUAACUAACCUAAGGACAUCACACACAUUCAUGCCCAAUGCAGGAUUCGAACCUGCGACCGUAGCGGUAGCGCUGUUCCAGACUGUACAUCAUCUACCAUAUUCUAUGUUAGACACGCUGAUAAUAUUUGGUCAUUUGUAGACAGGAAAAGUUCUGACUGUUGAACACCUUAUAGAAAACUGUUUUAAGUACUUCAAUGGAAUCAACACGUUUCCAAAAAGCAGCUGAAGUGACAUCUCACUUGUUAACAUUUCCAGUGAAAAUUUCUGAAAAAAGAGCUGCAGUUAUGUAGAAUCUAAAGACUUACGCUCCUGUAAAAAAGACAAAAUUUAAAAUUUAAAAUAACUCAAUUGCCACAUAAAUUUUGCAUUAUGGGGCAGAAUAUAUGUUAGCAGUCUUGAGUUUGAUGUUUAGCACACUUCCUGCUUUUUGUUAGUAUAGUCUUCGUUCUCUCUCUCUCUCUCUCUCUCUCUCUCUCUCUCUCUCUCUUUGUGUGUGUGUGUGUGUGUGUGUGUGUGUGUGUGUGUGUUUGUGUUUGUGUGUGUACUUUACAACUGCAAAAUUAUUUAAUUUUUAGUUGUUUAUGUAAAGCUCAUGAAUUGUGCAACUUCCCUUUUAAUGUGACUCUUUUACUAGAAUGUAACGAAUCUUAAACUUUCAUUGUAUCCAGUGUUGAAUUUGUAACGUAGUUAACAUAUUUUGUCGUGUAUCACGCUGUACUGUACUUUUGUCAUUUGACUGGGAAUCCAAAUCAACAUGAUCAGCAUGCUGUUAGCGAAUCACCCAGUCCCUAGGGGUUCAGCUAUCACGUUAGACCUAAAACUCUCACGAGGCUGUCGUGGUCUCAAACGCGGUUGUUAAGCACGAAGAACCAGCACUCUUGUGUCUGUCGAUAAGGGGCUUUAAACGGCCGCAAUUCUGGUUGAUCUGCCGGAACAUGUGCUUUAAGUUCAUAUAGAGAUAAAUUUAUUAAUAAAAAUAAAAGACAGAGAAUUAAAUCCAGGUAGGAUGGUAUUCAGGAAGAAACCCAUCUUACUGUUGCCCAUUGAAUAAAGUUGUACUUGCUUUUCCAUUGAACUGGCCUAUGAUUCUUCAUUAUUAUAAGCUUUGUAAGAACACAAGAUUGAACAGAAAAGCUUUUGCUUUUGUGUCAGCUCAACCAAAUGAAAUAAAAAUAGAAAAGAACAUAGUUUAUGCAGUUGUCAGUACGGCACAGUGUAUCUUUGUGUUUUUUAAGUUCUUUGUGACUACUUUUUUAAAUAAAAUUCACAAUUUCGACUUUUCAUCUUUCUUUGCAUUUUGAUAUCCUCAUAUUAAUUCAUUCCCACACAACAUUCAACGUCAAAUUGCGUAAGCGUAAGAACUAUUUUUUUUAAGUUUUUAAAUCUAUUCUGUCGAUGUUAGCACUAGAAUUUGACUACAGAAAUUAUUAAGACAAUUAAGUGUGCAAAUACCUGAUCUAUGUUUAAAAUAGAAGACGGAUUACAGUUUUAUUUUAUUUGAAGUACUGUGCGGUUUUAAUUAUUGUUUGUUCUUCGUAUGUUAAAUAAAUAUUACAGCAUCUA